AUGGUGAUCGAGAAUUUCCCGUGGGAUCCGUCGACGUCGGUGGCGAAUCUCACCGAUUCGCAAAUCGUUCAACUCUGCAAUCUCAUCAAUUCAACGACGACGACGACGCCAAUCCACCAAAAUGGCGGCGAGAUGGUGCUGAUUGGUGCCAAUUUGGCGCAACACCACUCGAAGCCGUCGUCGAUAUCGAUUUGGACGCUCGGCCUCAUAUUUGUCACACUUAUCAAUAUGUGCGCUGUAAUUGGCAUCGGCGUUAUGCGAUAUUUAACGAAAAACGUGUAUAAUCAGGUAAUUACGCUGUUUGUUGGACUGGGCGUUGGAUCGUUGUCAGGAUCGAGUUUUUAUCAUCUAUUGCCGCAGGCUCACCCGAAAUUGGUUGAAGAAGUCGAUGAUGAUGGCAUGCCGACGUAUUCCUACCUAAAUAUGGCGCAUAUAUCAAUUCUCGGCGUCUACGCCUUCUUUUUUUGCGACAAACUCAUCAAAAUUGUGCUCGAAAUCAAAAAAAAAAAUUCGACGAUUCAACAUCGACGAAUGUCGUCGAUUGAGACGGGACAAAGUGAUGCGGAAUUGAUCGACGAUAAAGACGAGCAAAUUUUGAGGAAUGCACUUCAGAAGGGAAUAAUGAGCAAGGCGGAUACCGAUCAGACGGAAAUGAUCGCGUUGGCCGACAAAUCGCAAAAAACUAUGGGCGAUCAGGCGCAUGGCAUUUGUGUUCACGAUCAUUCGGUGGAAUUUCGCGUCGGUGAUUCGGCGACGUCGGCGAUCGCCGCCGUCGCGUGGAUGAUCAUAUUUGGUGACGGUCUUCACAAUUUCAUCGACGGAAUUUCGAUCGGCGCCGCGUUUGCCGACUCGAUUCAUUCGGGAUUGUCGAUUUCGUUGGCUGUGCUUUGCGAGGAGUUUCCGCAUGAACUAGGCGAUGUAGCGAUUCUUGUAGCCUCUGGAAUGUCGCUGAAGCAAGCGCUAAUUUAUAAUCUACUUUCUGCCAUCACUUGUUAUAUUGGAUUCUUCAUCGGCGUCGCGAUAGGCGAACUCGGACCAGAAACGUCGAAAUACGCGUUCGGACUUGCUGGCGGCAUGUUCCUCUACAUCUCAUUGGCUUGUAUGAUGCCGGAAAUGAAAAAAGCUAUGGAAGAAGCGCUAAACGUUUCUCUCCGCCACGGUAUCUACGUUCUAUUUCUCCAAUCCAUCGGCCUCUUCUCCGGACUCACAUUGAUGUACGUGAUGGCGCGUUAUGGCGAAGAGAUCUCCGUCUAA